GAUCAUUUUACAGUAAUGGGUAAAAAAAAAAAAAAAAUGGCAGGAAAAGGGAAUCCAAAUUUAGAAAAAGUUCUUGAGGCUCAGUAUCUGAUCAAGAAGAUGCAUGAAGUUUCACAGCUGAUGGGUGUGGAUCUCGAUCCGAAAACUCUGGUGCUCAGCAUGCGGCUGAUGGAACACGGAGCUAAUCCAGCAGCUCUUGCAAAAUUAAUCAAAGAUAUCAAAAGAAUUGUAAGUAUUCUGGAAGAGACAGACAAGCAAGACAAAGGAAGGGAAAACAAAUGAAGCAUUUAACUGAGAAUGUCAUAAAGAUUGUCCUUAGAUCGCCAAAUAUGUGCAAGCUGUGAAAUAGUGUGGAGUGUAAUUAUUGAAGAGUGGAUUAUUUUGAACAGUAGCUCAAAUUUCUUUAUAGAAAGUAGUUGGGAGUUUGUGCUACUGAAGCAAACCAAUAUCUUUUUGUGAAAAGGUAUUUACUGAUGUUCAGAAAAUUAACAUGUUACAAGGAACUGCAACACAUGUGUAGCUCAAUGAAGUGCAUCAUCAAUGAUAUAAAUGUUUUGGAUUAUUGUACUUUAUUAUUGAAUUCAAAAGCAACUGAGUAUUAAAGAAAUGCCUCUGUGUGUAAUUGUCUAAUGACCUAGUUUUUCUAUAAUGGUAUUCAGUUGUCCAUUCAUUGUCUUAUCGUUCUAGUUUUAUUUCUGGUUUCAUUUACACCUAGGAGCUACUUAAAACUUAAGCAGUUGGAUAAAAUACUCACCUUCAUUAAUACAAUAAGUGGAGCAGGAUAUAAAUAAAUGUUUGAUAUGAAUUGUCGGCUUUGACCUGUGACAUAAGAAACAUGCAACAAACACUGUAAAUAGUACAUGAUAAAGAAUUACAUACAAACAUGGUAAAUGGAAGGUGGAAAGAAAAUAGCUGUUAAAUUUGCAAAAAAUACUUGCAAAUUGACACUAUUUUCUUUUCCACCAUCCACUUAUCUUGUUUGUACGUAAUUCUUUCAUGUUUUUGUGCAUUUGUUUUAUGGCACAUUGCUCUGAUCAGCUUUGAAACUUCCUGGGAGAUUAAAACUGUGUGCCGGACUGAGACUCGAACUUGGGACCUUUGCCUUUCGCGGGCAAGUGCUCUACCAACUGAGCUACCCAAGCACGACUGGCGCCCCAGCCUCA